AACAAGAGAACGACUAUGCCAAAAGAGUCAGGUGCAUUGUUGGGACUCAAAGUUGUAGGAGGGAAAAUGACCGAUUUAGGACGACUUGGUGCCUUCAUUACCAAAGUGAAAAAAGGUAGCUUGGCUGAUGUAGUCGGACAUCUCAGAGCAGGUGAUGAAGUUCUAGAAUGGAAUGGCAAACCACUUCCUGGAGCUACAAAUGAAGAAGUUUACAACAUCAUUUUAGAAUCAAAAUCUGAACCUCAAGUUGAAAUCAUUGUUUCUAGGCCUAUUGGUGACAUUCCAAGGAUUCCUGAGACUUCUCAUCCUCCGCUAGAAUCCAGUUCUAGCUCAUUUGAAUCUCAAAAAAUGGAAUGGCCUUCAAUUUCUGUUAUUUCCCCCACAAGUCCUGGAGCCCUAAAGGAUGCACCACAGGUCCUACCUGGGCAGCUUUCUGUUAAACUAUGGUAUGACAAGGUGGGGCAUCAGUUAAUAGUGAAUGUUCUUCAAGCAACAGGUCUGCCACCUAGAAUAGAUGGACGGCCAAGGAAUCCCUAUGUGAAAAUGUAUUUCCUUCCAGACAGAAGUGAUAAGAGUAAACGAAGGACCAAAACAGUAAAGAAAAGCUUAGAACCAAAAUGGAACCAAACGUUUCUCUACUCACAUGUGCACCGUAGAGAUUUUAGGGAACGGAUGUUAGAAAUCACUGUUUGGGAUCAGCCAAGAGUGCAAGAAGAAGAAAGCGAUUUUCUUGGAGAGAUCCUUAUAGAGCUGGAGACAGCCCUUUUAGAUGAUGAACCGCAUUGGUAUAAGUUGCAGACCCAUGAUGAAUCCUCCCUGCCUCUGCCUCAGCCAUCACCUUUCAUGCCAAGGAGACAUGCCCAUGGUGGAGAGAACUCUGGCAAAAAACUGCAAAGGUCUCAGCGAAUCAGUGAUAGUGACAUCUCAGAUUAUGAUGUUGAUGAUGGUAUUGGAGUAGUUCCUUCAGUAGGCUAUAGGUCUAGUACUAGAGAAAGUAAAUCUACAACGUUAACUGUGCCAGAACAGCAAAGAACAACCCAUCAUCGUUCACGAUCUGUAUCUCCUCACCGUGGUGACGAUCAGGGCAGGACCCGUUCUCGUUUACCAAAUGUGCCAUUACAGAGGAGUUUAGAUGAAAUUCAUCAGAUGAGACGAUCACGUUCUCCAACUAGACACCAUGAUGCCUCCCGAAGCCCAAUUGAUCGCAGGUCCAGAGACAUGGAUAAUCAGUAUUUGUCAGACCAAGAAAGUGAGCUUCUUAUGCUGCCCAGGGCAAAACGAGGAAGAAGUGCAGAGUGCCUACAUACCACCAGUGAACUGCAGCCCUCGCUUGACAGGGCUAGGAGUGCUAGUACCACCUGCUUGAGGCCUGAUUCUAGUUUGCAUUCACCAGAACAAGAAAGGGUUCUACUGCCAUGGGUUUCUAGAAGGGGACUUCCAACCCCAAGAAUCAAUGAGCAGCCAGUCAUUUCUAGGGGAAAGCAUCAUGUUCGCUCAAGGUCGAGUGAACAGUCUAGUGUCAAAGUAUUAUGUCCUGUACAUCACCUAGCUGCUGGAGGGUCGGCGCCACCUUCUCCACUUCUGACAAGGAUGCACCAACCAGGAAGCCCCUUGCAGCCGUCUCCAGCAGACACACCCUUCAGCAGCCGUAGGGGGAGGCAGCUUCCACAAGUUCCUAUCAGGAGUGGCAGUACAGAGCAAGCAAAUUUAGUAGUGGAGGAGCGAACAAGACAGAUGAAAAUGAAAAUGCACCGUUAUAAUCAGACAACAGGGUCUGGUUCUAGUCAAGAACUUGAACGUGAGCAAUAUACCAAGUAUAACAUACAAAGAGAUCAGUACAGAAGUUGUGAUAACGUCUCUGCCAAAUCAUCAGAUAGUGAUGUCAGUGAUGUGUCAGCUCUUUCCCGCACCAGCAGUGCCUCUCGCCUCAGCAGCACAAGCCUUAUGUCAGAGCAAUCAGAGCGCCCCAGGGGCAGAAUCAGUACGUUUAAUCCUAAAAUGCAAGGCAGACGGAUGGGGACUUCAGGGAGAAUCAUCACAAAGAGCACAAGUGUGAGUGGAGAGGUGUAUAAGCUGGAGCAUAAUGAUGGGAGUCAAUCAGACACUGCCGUUGGUACGGUUGGAACAGGUGGGAAGAAAAGACGAUCAAGCCUUAGUGCCAAAGUGGUUGCCAUGGUAUCUCGAAGAAGCCGAAGCACAUCGCAGCUUAGCCAAACAGAGACGGGCAACAAGAAACUAAAAAGCACGAUACAGAGGAGCACAGAAACGGGUAUGGCAGCAGAAAUGAGGAGCCGUAUGGUCCGGCAACCAAGUCGCGAAUCAACUGAUGGAAGCAUCAACAGUUACAGUUCAGAGGGGAAUCUAAUAUUUCCUGGAGUUCGACUGGGGGCUGACAGUCAGUUUAGUGAUUUCCUCGAUGGGCUUGGACCUGCCCAACUUGUAGGACGACAGACCUUAGCAACUCCUGCCAUGGGUGAUAUUCAGAUUGGAAUGGUGGAUAAGAAAGGCCAGUUAGAAGUAGAAGUCAUUAGAGCCCGAGGCCUAACACAGAAGCCUGGUUCUAAAUCUACUCCAGCUCCGUAUGUCAAAGUGUACCUGCUGGAAAAUGGAGCUUGUAUAGCCAAGAAGAAGACAAGGAUUGCCCGGAAAACCCUUGAUCCUUUAUACCAGCAGACACUGGUUUUUGAUGAAAGUCCACAUGGGAAAGUUCUUCAGGUGAUAGUCUGGGGAGACUACGGCCGGAUGGAUCACAAGUGUUUCAUGGGAGUUGCACAGAUCUUGCUGGAAGAACUUGAUUUGUCCAGUGUGGUAAUAGGCUGGUAUAAAUUAUUUCCACCUUCCUCCCUGGUGGAUCCAACAUUGACUCCUCUGACUCGCCGGGCUUCUCAGUCAUCUCUGGAAAGUUCAACUGGGCCUCCUUGCAUUCGGUCCUAG